AUGGACGUCGCAGGCCUAAUGACUACUGUUCCGUGGCUGAUGAAUAUGCUGCGAAAGGUCCCUGGGGCCACUGGGGUAUUCGAACGAUUCGCUCAAUGGUGUUACGAUCAACUUGAGGAGAAGCGAGAGGCACUGAAAGUCGCUAAUAAGGGCCAACAGCCACGUGAUGUGAUUUCAUGGCUCAUCAAGUCUGAGGAUGAAGCAUCUGGUAUGGCUGGUUCAACUUCAGCUGCGAUCCAGGAGGAUGCUCGAGUCUUGAUCAUCGCUGGCAGCGAUACCGCAGCCAGCGCAAUCACUAACACACUUUACUUUCUGGCCAAGUAUCCCGCUGUCUGCGAAAAGCUUCAGCAGUUGCUGAAGGUUAUAUUCCCCGCCGGAGACACCGACUGGAAUUACGCUAAGGUCAAGGCAAUCCCGUACCUGGACUACAUUAUCAACGAGACUCUGCGACUUCGUCCCGCGGCUCCGAUUGGUUUCCUGCGAGAAACUCCGCCGCAGGGCUUGCAAGUUGAUGAUGUCUUCAUACCUGGAGGAACCAUCGUCUCCGUUCCGACUUGGGCAAUUCACAGGGAUUCUCGCAAUUGGGAAAGACCGGAUGAUUUCGUGCCGGAGCGGUGGGAGAAAAUGUCGACCAACACGGCGCCGUACAUAGCUUUCCAACGUGGCCCAUUUUCCUGCGCGGGCAAGAAUCUUGCCAUCAUGGAGCUUCGCAUGGUCAUUAGCCGUAUUGUUCUCAGGUAUAGGAUAGCCUUUGCUCCAGGAGAGGAUGGGGAGGCUUUUCAGUCUGGAGCCAAGGAGAAGUUGACUCUAUGGCUUCCUCCACUACGCAUGGUUUUCACUCGGAGAUAG